GCAACUCGGCAGAUCAUUGGGGAAGCCACUGAGGUCUCCGUGGCAUCUUUGACGUUGCCAGAUAGCCUCAUGAGGAACUUGAUGAGGACCUCAGUGUCUGACAGUUACGCCCUGGAUGCCCUGGUCAUGUCAUUUCCAGUUGGCAACUUGAAAGCACCGCGGUUCCGCUGGACAGAUAUGGAUGCGAUUUGGCUCAAGCUGAGGGAGGAAACGACACUUGGCCAGAAAUCGGCAGUUCACCUCAACACUGCUGGAAAGAAAACACGUACGGAGAAGGAAGCGGAUCCAGGGGAACGGCAGAAGAAGCUGACCCCCAGGUGCUUCGUGAUCAAGCGCGGAGAUGUGGGUGAUCGCAUCAAAGACCUGGUGCAGGACUUUCGAAACGUGAUGAUGCCCAACAGCGCCAAGGCCUUGAAAGAGUCCAAGCAGAACCGCGUGGAAGACUUCAUUGCUGUUGCAAGUCACUUCAGCGUGACACACCUCAUCAUUUUCAGCGCCACCAAAGCAGCCACCUACAUGAAGCUGGCUCGCUUGCCUCAAGGGCCCACCUUGACCUUUCGCGUGGACAGUUUCACGUUGGCGCGGGAGGUCCGAGUAGCCCAGAAGCGUCCACAAGGAACUUCGCGAGACUUCGUGACUCCACCGUUGCAGGUGCUGAAUGGCCUUGGAGGUCCCAAGGACUCUCCGGAGGGCGCUGGUGGUGGCAAAUCUUUGAAGAUGUCCGAGAGACAACUCGUGGCCGAGAUGCUUCGAGGGGCCUUCCCAGCCAUAGAUGUGCCAAGCUUCAACCAGGCGGAGUGCCGCAGGGCGGUGCUCUUCCACUACGACCGGGAGAACGAUGCGGUGUUCUUCCGGCACUUUGUGGUGGGUCGACGUCAACUCGGUGUCGAAAGAGGCAUCAAGAAACUCACGCGCUUCAACCGUUUGCCGAACCUGGCCGGCAAGGAAGACAUUGCCGACUUCGUCAUGGGCGGUGGUGGCGUGACGAGCGAAUCGGAGGUGGAUGAGAGCGCCGAGGUGGAAAGAAAUCUACUGGAGACCCAUGUUUUAUAG